AAGGACCUCUAAAAUUUACACCCAAAGGAUCAUCUACAGGAUCAUGCAUAUCCCUUUCUCCCCCAUCUCUCUGUCUUGAGCUCCAUUUUCUUCCACACUCAUCUUCUCUGGAAAUAUUAAUAGUAAUAAAUGAAUGAAUAAAUAAUUAAAUUGAUAAAAACGACUAAUAAAUCAUGGCGGGUCUACUCGGAGCCGACUCAUCUCAGAAUAACUCAGCUACCUUAUCGAGAUCGUAGCUUUUCAAGGCAGGGCUUUUUAGUUAAUAGAAUUGGGUUUGUUGAAUUUGUGAUGGGCGAGGAGACAUCUGAUACAAUGAACCUUGAUUUGAAUCUGGGUCCUGUUCCUGAGACGCAAUCUGAGUCCCUUCCAAGUGAGGCUGUAAAUUUGGAUGAUUUGAUUGACCCUUUUGAUAGAAUUAGGGAAGCUGUUAGGCUGGGGUCUUGGAGAUGGAGCGAGGUUCGACUCCCUCCAGAAUCAGCCACCCUUCCGAUGGAACUGAAUCGACUGAUGGGUAAUUCUGCCAAUGGUAGUAUAUUACAGGCAGGUGAGGGUAGUGUUACUGCCGAGGAAAGAACUAAUGAAGUGCCUAAAACAUGUGAGAAUCACCACGGGUUUUUGGAAGAGGAUGUAUCAGAUAAGAAGGAUGAUGUUGAGAAGGCCAGUGGAAAUGAUGGGAGCUUUUUUGAUUGUAAUAUCUGUUUAGAUUUGGCUAGGGACCCUGUGGUCACUUGCUGUGGUCACUUGUUUUGCUGGCAAUGCCUUUAUCGAUGGUUACAUGUUUAUUCAGAUGCAAAGGAAUGUCCAGUGUGUAAAGGAGAGGUGACAAUUAAGAAUGUGACCCCAAUAUAUGGUCGUGGGAAUUGUACACGGGAGCCGGAUGAGGAUUCAAGUCUUAAGAUUCCUCAUAGGCCACAUGCACGCCGGGUUGAGAGUUUGAGACAAACCAUUCAGCGGACUUCUUUUAGUGCCCUAGGGGAGGAAAUGAUUCGGCGUCUUGGAAGUAGAUUUGAUUUUGUCCGAGAUUUGACUUCACCUUGGGAUGGAAGUAGUGCCCGGGAAACUGCUGAAAGGAACCUUCUUAAUAGGAUUUUGACAGCUCGAGGAAUUCGAGAGCAAAAUCAAGUUUCAGCAACUCCAGAUGAUGUAGACUUGAUGCAAAGUGGCGCAAUUGGUCCUGAGGGGGAAACCCGAUGGUUCCAUUCUCUCUUACUGCGAAGACAAGCACAAUCACAUAGACCUAUAGCAAUCUCUCCUUCUCUUUCAUCUGCACUGAAUUCAAGAGAAAGAGUAGUUGAGGCAUCUUUCCGAACCCAUACCGGUGGAAGAAACCAAGAGCAGCCAUCUCCUCCUGUUGAUGACAGAGAUUCCUUUUCAAGCAUUGCUGCUGUUACUGAGAGUCAGGUGGACACUGCUGUGGAAAUUGAUUCUAUGGUGUCACUUUCAACGUCAUCUUCCCGAAGAAGAAGCAAUAGUUCAAGGGUUUCGGAUGUGGACAGUGGGGAUUCUCGUGCACCAAGAAGGAGAAGAUUGAACUGAAGAGAGCAUCUAAUAUUUCUCUUAUCGUGGAAUCAGUUGAAAAUAUGGCAUUCCAACACCAAUGUAAGUGCUACUUGCAUUUUAUGGCUUUCGAUCUAAUAGGUCUUCACAUUUAUGCUACAAUAGUUGAACCUCUUUAGGAAGAUAAUGAAUUUUUUAUACUUUAUUGGUACUCUAUGGUUUGAAAUACUAUUAUCCUUUUUCAGAGGUUUGUGCUUUGAAGUAAAACUUACAUUGGAGCAAGUAGCCCAAUUAUGACUCACCAUUGUAUAUAACCUUGCAAGCUUUAUAAGCAGAAACGCUUUUCAUUUAA